AAUGCUAUAGGGUGAAGUAAAUAUUACAGAGAAAAGAUAAAUGAGAAGAGCAAGAACUAAUUUUGAGAAUGAAAGGUAAUUUAAAGGUUUAAUAAUGAUAGUGAUGAUCCAGAGAAAGAGAAAAUGACAUGUUAUGAAAGUGUUUUAAAUUGUUUUGGAUCUUUUUUUGGAACCUUAAGAGCAUGGUUACCAUGUUGCUGUUGUUGUUGUCCAUAUCCAUAUUAUGAAAUAACAUAAGGGUAAAAGGGAUUGUUAUAAAAAUUUGGAAAAUAUUAAAGGACUUUAGAACCUGGACUACAUGAAUUUAAUCCGUAAUUCUUUUAUAUUAUUUUUUAGUUUUACAGAUAGAAUUAUUCCUGUUAGUACAAAAACAUAGUAAUUCAAAUAGUUAUAAUAUUAUAGCAUUAUUGAUUUAGAGAGAUAACUUAUAUUGACUAAAGACAAUAUAACUGUUAAUAUUGAUACUAUUGUAUAUUAUAGAGUUGUAGAUGUGUGUAAAUCAGCAUAUAGAGUGAAAAGAAUUGUUGAAGCUGUUAAAGAAAUAACAUACGCGGUAAUAAUAUGUUGAUUUAAGACUCUUCGAACAAUUACUGGUGAACAUACAUUAUAAGAUAUUAUUGAGAAUAGAUAGAAGAUAGCAGAUGAAAUAGAAGGAUUUGUAUUUGACGUUGUAUCAGAAUGGGGUAUUUAUUAUUAUUUAUUUAUUUAUAUUAGGAAUCUAUUUAGAACAUGUUUUUAUUAAGGAUAUGUAAAUGGGAGAUGAAUUACAAAAUUCACUUUCUAAUGCACCUAAAGCUUAGAGAUUAGCUUAGUCUAAAAUAAUUUCAGCAAAAGUAAUUUUAUGUUAAACACUAGAGUGACGUUGAGGCUGCAAAACUUAUGAGAGAGGCUGCUGAUAUGUUAGAUUCUAAAGCAGCUAUGUAAAUUAGAUAUUUUGAAACUAUUUAACUUAUUGCUAAAAACAAAAACCCAAAAAUAUUGUUCCUGUCUAUGGAUCAGACUUAAAAAAAAUGAUU